AUGUCAACUGCGCCUUCUAUUAUCCAUAGAGAUGACCUGUACGUCGAGUAUUCCGUCGACAAGCCGCUGAACCGGGAACCACCGGUGAAGCAACUCGUCUCGAGCUUCCUCACACCAGCUGAUAUCUCCUAUGAUCGCAACCACGGCCCCGUCCCCCAUCUCUCGGCGGAUUCUCAUACAGUGCACGUCGACGGCUUAGUCUCAAACCCUCUCACCCUAUCUGUCCAGCAGUUGGCAAGCGAAUUCCCGCAGCAUGAAGUCGUCUGUGCGCUGGAAUGCGCUGGCAAUCGGCGACACACGAUGCGCACCAUGCUGAAGGAAGUGCAGGGUAUUGAUUGGGGGGAUGCAGCCGUCAUGAAUUGUAAAUGGAGGGGGCCGAGAUUACGGGAUGUGUUGCUUGCCGCUGGGGUCAGGGAGGACGCAGCCGGUCUGCAUGUGGAGUUUUCGUGCUAUCAGGUCAAAUGUCAGGAGGAUGAGUGGUUUGGGGCCAGUGUGCCGCUGGAGAGAUGUUUGAGGGAGGACAGGGAUGCGAUUUUGGCCUUGGAGAUGAAUGACGCUCCUCUCCCCGUGAACCACGGGUAUCCCGUGCGUGCUAUCCUGCCUGGCAUUGUUGGCGCGAGAUGGGUCAAGUGGCUGGACCGCAUCACUGUCUCGGAGCAUGAGUCGCCGAACUUCUACCAGCAGCAUGAUUACAAGGUCCUGCCGCCAGCGGCCGUCGAUCACGAAUCCGCGCGGCCGUUUUGGGAGCAGACACCCCCCAUGUCCGAUAUGCCUAUCAACUCUGUUGUGGCGGUCCCGGAAGAUAACGCGACGGUUGUUUUGUCGAGUUCUGAGUUUAUGGAGGUGAAAGGAUAUGCUGUUCCGCAUGGUGCGGAUGGACCAGUUACUCGCGUGCAGGUUUCAGUGGAUGGAGGGAGGACGUGGGUAGAUGCCAAGAUUGAGGAAGCUGGGCAGGGGAAUAGGCGAUGGUGCUGGGUGUUGUGGACGGCAGUUGUGUCUCCUGAAAGAGGAACGGGAAGGGAGGUGUUAAGCCGAGCGUUUGAUGCUGCCGGGAAUGUACAAGUAGAACAUUCGCAGUGGAACCUGAGGGGUGUCGGGUAUAAUGGAUACGGGCGAGCGAGGAAUCUGACAAUCAUUUAG